AAGCGGGUCCUGGCGCUCUCGCCAUGGCGAUGGCGACGGCGGUGCGGCACGCGCGGCCUGUGCGGGUGCUGGUGGACAUGGACGGCGUGCUAGCCGACUUCGAGGCUGGCCUCCUACGGUCCUUUCUCCGCCGCUUCCCCGGGGAGCCGCACGUGCCCCUGGCCGAGCGCCGCGGCUUCUUCGCUCGGGAGCAGUACCGAGCCCUGCGGCCGGACCUGGCGGACAAAAUCGCGAGUGUGUAUGAAGCCCCCGGCUUUUUCCUAGACUUGGAGCCCAUCCCUGGAGCCUUGGAAGCCAUGCAGCAGAUGAACGCUCUCAAGGACACCGAGGUCUUCAUCUGCACCAGCCCUCUGCUGAAGUAUGAGCACUGUGUGGGAGAGAAGUACCGCUGGGUGGAGAAGCACCUGGGGCCCCAGUUUGUGGAGCGCAUCAUCAUGACGAGGGACAAGACGGUCGUCUUGGGGGACCUGCUCAUUGAUGAUAAGGACACCAUUCAAGGCCAAGAGGAGAACCCAAGCUGGGAGCACAUCUUGUUCACCUGCUGCCACAACCAGCACCUGGCCCUGCCCCCCACAAGGAGACGACUGCUCUCCUGGAGUGACAACUGGAGGGAGAUCAUAAACAGCAAACGGCAACCAGGGAUCAGGGCCGUGGACAGUGGCUGAAGGAAGGGAAGGCUGGCCAGCAGGGAGCCCCAGCAGAGCUGAGUGACCCCAGCAAGGGGGAGCAGGGGGACACAAUAACCUCUACUCUCACAGGCCAGCCACCUGGCACCCCCCGAGGUGGCUGGCAUGGAAACACACUGGGAGAUCAG